AUGAGCCAGCCUCUGCUAGCUCUUUGGAUUGUCGCGUUGCUAAUCAGUCUGAAGACGUGUCGUGGCGGCGACUACUGUGCAGCCAAGAUAUCUGCCGGCUUGCUGCAAGCGACAUGCCACGGGAUUCCGGGCCUAAUCGUCCCCUACCCAGCUAUGUGCCACUUUGAUAGUGGACCGCCGUCAAUCUUGCCACCGAGUCUGGCGGCUGCUACGUGA